CCCUUACUCACCAUGACUACCCCUCAAGGCCCAGACAAAGAGCCCACAUUGUUGUCUAUCGAAUCCCGAAUUUGUCCCUCCAGAAACCGCCGGCUUUAGCUUCCCCACUUCGCGAUGCAGCCCAUCGACGAGCCACGGGCGGAGCACCAGCCAAAGCCCCUCUCGUUGGCCGUGCGGGGCAGCGGGGUUGCGGCGAAUGGUAGAAGGCCGUGUCUACAGAUGUCAGCUCCGCUUCCGCCAGAGCUCCGCUUCCGCAUCUGGAAAUUCGCAACGCCCACUUCCCGUAUUGUUUACCUGUAUCAAAACUGCCACGGCUACUUCACCAACCUCAACAUCCCCGCUAUCUUCCAUGCGUGCUCCGAAUGCCGCACGGAAGCCCUUCGCAUCGCCGCCACAGAAAACAACCUCUUAACAAUCCAACCCCACGCCAACCCCCCGCUCCAGAUUUACUUCAAUUACGCAGAGGAUAUCCUACACAUCGUAUCCUCGCCACUGACUAUCAGCGGUUUGUUUGAAUACAGCCGCGGCUGCGCCUGGAUGGAGCUUCUUGCUACACUUCCUCUGGACGAGCGGAGCCGCAUCCAGCGCCUAGGGAGUGGAAUGCUGCCGAUGAAACACCUACUCAGCUUGAACGGGUUGCACGGGUUGCGCGAUGUCAAUGUGUUGUUCCGGCCGCCGGAUCCAACCUGGAGCGAGAAAAAAUGGAUGAUGUUCCCCGCGGUGGUGGCGGACUUUUCCGCCGCGGAUGACUUGAAGCACUUGGGGACUUUGCCCCAGGACACGGCGCUGAAUCUGGUCAGGUUGGAUCGCGUUCAUAAGGGUGGGGAGAUUGGACCUGGAGCUGUUACUCCAUGGUUGGCCCAGGCUGGGAGCUGGGGCGGUCUGGCUAUGGAGCGGUUUUGUGAGCAUUUCAUCGAGCUCAACGCGGAUGAGCCGAAGGAUUUGGAGAUGCGCUAG